GAGUUGUCGAGUUUCGCGUAUUAUUUUGAAGUAAAUAUUAUGAACAAAGUACUCAUAAAUGAUAAUUAAUAAGAUUUAUAGCGAUGAAUAACAGAGAAGUACUAAUUUUUAAUGACCCAUACACAGAAAACAAAUACAACCAGUUUUUCAAUCCAAACGUUUGUCAUGUUUGCAAAUGUCCCAGCAGAGACUUGAUAACGUGUAAUUUCUGCAAAAUGAUUUCUUACUGUUCCGAGGAGCACAAGGACAUACAUAGAAACUCACACUCAGAGAUCUGCAUAGCUAUGGCAAUUAGAAUAACAGACAAAUCAUUCUCGGACACGCAUCGUAGCUUGGAAGAAUGGAUAGAAUCACGAAACGACGUUUUAGAACAAAUACUGCCUAGUCUAUCACGUUGCAUAUACCAGUACGAAAAGGAGAUGAUAUUAUGCGCAAAAUCGUGUUGUGUGUGUUACCGACAGAUAAACCUAAGUCCCUGCAACAUUUGCUAUUCAGCCAAUUUUUGUGAUGAGCACCAAACAGAAUUUAGUGUAUUACAUAAGAAGGACUGCGGUGAACUGUUGCUAUUACUGAACAUGAAUAUGGCCGAUAUUAUCCAUAUGGAAAAGCUUCAAAAAAAAAGGAAGUUCGGCAAGUUUCCUAUUCAGAGAUCUUUUCAUGACAAUAUUACAUUUAUUAAUAGCUACGUACUCAGCAAAGUUUCAUCUUAUCGUAGUAAGAUGUUAGAUAAUCCGAAUUCAAUUCUUUACUGGACAACAGAGCAAUAUAUAUAUUCUGAUUUUGUAUCCAGUCCGCUGACAUUAUACUACGCGUUGAAGAAAUCAAAUUUAUUAUCUGUUCCACUCAACGCAUGUAAAUACAUUGUUCAUCUUAUAGACGCAAAUAGAAUAGAUGUAAUAUCUUUGCAAACUUGGCAUAUUUUCUUACAUUUCUUUAGAAGAAUAAAGGAAUUAUAUAUUGUACUUAUAAAAUCGCCAAUUUUCGAAUCGCGCGAUCUAGGGUCUGUUUGUUCAACGUGCCGUAUGUAUAGACAGAAACUUUAUGUUAAAAAUGUAUCAGAAACGUACUACACGUAUGUACGCUCAGAGUCAUAUGAGCCACCAAAUGUGAUUGUACUUCAAACUAUUUCCAUGGGAACAUGGCUUGGAUCUAUAACAGCAAUAAUAGCCCAAAAGUGUCCGUUACUUUUAACCGCUGAUACGAGAAGCACAGCGCAAAAGAAUUUAAAUAUGAUAAAAGAUAUAACAGGUGAAACUAGAAAAUGCUUGUACAGAAAAAAUAAAUUCCGCGGAUAUAGGCCAUAUAGAAACUAUGUAACUGGAAAAUGUUAUUACCGAAAUGCGCAUUUUAUUAUGUAUUCAUGAAUCAAUUUAAAUCACAUGAUCAACCCAGUCAAAGGUUGAAGAAGCAUGAGGAGAUACAUGAAGACUCACACCUGGAACUUUGCAGAGACCUAGCAAAUAUCAUAACAAACAAAUCCGAUUAGAACACAUAUCGUAAUUGGGAAGAAUUGAGAGAAAGGAAGUUUUAAUAAAUAGGAAUCUGUCAGGCAUAUGUUCGCACGUAAUAGAUGUGAUAUUAUGCGCAAAAUCGUGUUAUAAGUGUCACCGACAGAUGAACAUGAAACCCUUCGUCAUUUGCUAUGCAGCUAAUUUUUGUGAUUAUCACCAAAUGCUAUUUAAUCUAGAACAUAAGGAUCAUUCCAAAGAGCUGUUACUAUUACUGAACAUUACUAUCACCUUUAUGAAUAUCAAUAUUUUGUAAUUAUGUCUAGAUAAAUUCACGUUCACCACAUUUACUGAUGCUAGACCUUACCAUAACAUGAUUACAUUUAUUAACAGAUAUUUUGUCAUGGAAGAUUUAGGUAAUAAUGAAAAAAACUUUACUUGUCUAUUUGAACUUUCUGGUCAUUAGAACAUUAUAUAUUUUCGGAUUAUAUAAUUGGUCCUCUGACAUUACACUACGCGUUACAGGAAUAAAAUGUAUUAUUUCUUCCACAUCUUGCAUAUAAAUUUAUCAUUUAUAUUAUAAAUACAAAUCUAAUGGACAUAAUAUGUUUACAAGUUUGGUAUAUUUUCCUACAUUUUUUUCCUUAUAUAAAGGAACUAUAUAUUGUAAUUAUAAAAUCGCCACUUCAUCAUUCGAAUCCCACGAUCUAGAGACUCCUAGGUGCGAAAAAUAUAAUCAAAAAGCUUAUGUUGAAAAUAUAUCAGAGCCAUAUCACAAUUAUGCGCGCUUAAUGUCAUAUAAACAACCAAAUAUGAUUAUAAUACCUGACACAAAUUUGUGUUUGAUAAGAACAUGAUUUGAAACUGUAACAAUAAUAGUAGUACAAAUUGUCUAUUAUUUUUAAUCUUUAAUGAUGAAAUUAUAAUGGAUUUUAAUACACAAAAUAUACAAGAAGUAACAGGUACAACAAGAAAUCGGAGGUACAGAAAAAAUAAAUUCUGCGGUUGUAGACUAUAUAGAAGCCAUGUGACUAGUGGAUUGUGUUAUCGAAAUGCGUAUUUCAUUAUUUAUUCAUGAAAUUAAAUCAUAUAACCGACCCAAUCAAAUGCUGAAGAUCAGGAGUUGUUUGAUAAUUGCUUUUAUUUUAAUAUGAUAUAAUAUUGUAGAUACCCCUGUUAAUUUUUAACGAUAUUCAGAGAAAAAUAAUAUAUCUCUUAUUGUGGUAUACAUUCAUUCGUAAAUUAAUAGUAUUUUGUUUCUUAUAUUCCUGAAAUAUGUAACGCAUAUUUAUGUGAGAAAGGUAAUAGAAUUAUUGCACAUCGUAUUUAAAUUUUAUAUUUCGCAUACUAUUCGCAUACUAUUCAGUAGUUAUAGAUACUAUAUUCCACAAUUCUGUAUUCAACUGUAUGUAAGGUAUGUAUUGUUUUGUAAGGCGUUUCUUCAUUGUCCGUGUUCUGCAGGUGAUCGAUGAUAGAUAUAAUUGCGAUAGAUUUUAUAUAGAUUAUAUUUUUAUAUUCUUCAUAUUGUAGCUUAUAACCAAUAUCUGUAACUCGUUACAUCGACUUUUACAAUUUAAAUUAGGAAAAUUUAUCCAAAAAUAUAAAAGUAUCUAAAACUAUUUGUCUCUUAAAAAUUAUCACCGAUUAAUGUAAAAUGAAUACAUGUGUAAUUGUAGUUGCCAAU